AUGUUUCUUGUUGGCAUCAUUCCAGGCCCAACAAAACCUUCCACCGAUCAGAUCAAUCAUUUUCUGAAACUCCUCGUGGACGAUCUCCUACUGUUUUGGGACCCUGGCGUUAUCUUCUCGUGCACAUCGAAGUAUCCGGCUGCUGCAAAACAAGUUGCAGGGUUCAGCGGUAUCGGUUCAAAAUUCUUUUGUUCCUACUGCUUACUCCCUCUCUAUGAUAUCGACAAUUUGGAUCGGAGCCAGUGGCCUCCUCGCGACGUCGAGACUCAUCGUAAACAUGCCUGCUCAUACCGAGAUGCUGCUACGCCUGAGGAGAGGCAGCGCAUCUUCGAUCAGUUUGGAGUCCGUUGGACCGAACUCCUUCGGCUCCCAUAUUGGGAUCCAAUCUCUUUCACAGUUGUCGAGUCCAUGCACAUCCUAUAUUUGCGCAUUCUCAGAUAUCACUGUCGAGUGGCGUGGCGGAUGAAUGUAGAUUUAGAAGAUGGCGAAACCGUUUCAGGAGAAGGCACCAAAAGCAUUGUGAGGCCAUCUGACGAAAGCAUGCAGAAAGGUGUCGGGGCGCUCACCGCGGGAACCUUCGCUGCCCUUGACGCUUGCACUAAACCCGUUCUCUACCAUCUAUGCCAGGAUAGAAAUCUCAGGAGGGCGAGUACGAAGAGAGCACUCAUUAAAACUCUUCUGAAUUGGAAUUUGCCAUGCACACGAACGGCACUGGAAAGUGUGUCGGCUACAGGGAAGGAAGUGCGAAAUCACCAAAGAAAGGCGGAGGAAUAUAUUUCUUCAACUUCACGAGUUGACACGGACACGCUAAUGAGCUACACCCGGACUGUCUUGGUUGCGCUGUGCUCGGAUGCAGAUCCACCAGGACGAGUGAGUGGUAUGAACGAUGAUCAACUUCAUCGUGUCGUCCUGGGUCAAUCUCUUGUCACCGAGAUACGGAAAGACAUGCUAUGUACUGAACUGCCCACAUGGGUUAGCCAGGCUCCCAAAGCUCUCGGCUCGACAGCCCAGGGUAAACUCAGUGCAGAUCAGUGGCGUGCUGCAUGCACCAUCAACAUAACCAUCACCCUGAUACGACUAUGGGGCGGGAAGACUGGCGUGGUCAAAGCUAUGCUAGACAACUAUAUGGAUUUAGUUAUUGCUGUUGAGCUCGGCUGUAUGCUCGUUAUCUCCCCUGGCCAUAUCAGCCAGUAUGAUUUCUACAUGCAGCGCUAUCUCAAGAACUUCAAGGACCUUUACAAAACCUUGCGACUGGUUCCGAGCCACCACAUUUCUCUGCACCUUGGUGAAUUCCUGUGCUCGUUUGGUCCUGUCCAUGCUUGGAGGGCUUUUGUGUUUGAGCGCUAUAAUUAUCUCCUCCAGCGUGAAAACACUAAUGGAAAAUUCGGCGAAAUCAAGCUCACUAUGAUGAAUCACACCUGUCGAGUAGCCAAUGUGCGCGCGCUGAUACAGGAGGAGCGCAUCCGUACUGUUGUCUCGGAUAUGGUCGAUGCAUAUAGCAACUUCGCAGGCGAAGAUAGGAGAGGCACUCGCAUUCGUGACGUGCUUCAAUGGGAAAAAAUUGUCACUGCGCAUGGCCAAACACGCCCGGCCUCUAAAGAGGUUAUCCUUGAGGAGAGAUUAUAUUCCGCCUUGCUGAAACUGAUUGACGCUACCGAGCCACUUUGCUAUGUUGGCGAGGGCGACCCCCGUUCGUUGGACCAAGUCUUUCUCAGGCGCAAGGUUUUGCUGUCAAAUCGCAUUCUCAUCCAUGGGGUUUCAUACCGGCCUUCAGACUUUUCUCAUUGCGAUAGCAACAUUGUUUUUCACAGUUCCCCAGGAUCAAAACCGGAGGCUGGUCGCAUCAUCAAAAUAUUUCUUCACCAUCGGUAUUCAACAAAUAACGACAUGAUUGAAGAAACAUUUUUAGCCAUCCAGCCUUUAAUUCCGUUGUCAGACACUGAUAUUCCCUAUGAUUCUUACCGUCAAUACCCUGUUGCGGGGGGUUUUCUUUGUUACAAUGAGUAUCACACCCAUUACCACGUCAUUCGGCCCUCUGGUGUCAUUUGCCACUAUGCAAAGACCCCUAUGCGCAUUUCAAGAAUACGCCGGGCUUGCGUACACGUUCUACCAUUAGAUCGCAUAAGUGCCUCGGCGACAAGGGAUUAUGACCCUGACAUUGAUUCACUAGUUGAUGAGGUCCGCUGA